AUGUCUGUAGCUAUUGUAGCAAUGACAGACAAAUCUGCAGCUUCUGAACACGGUGUCUUCUUAUGGGACGAGAAAACAAAAUCUCUUAUUCUUAGUAGCUUUUUCUGGGGCUAUUUACUCACUCAGUUGCCUUCUGGGGAGUUAGCUCAAAAAUAUGGCGGCCAUAAAAUCCUCCUCAUCACAGUAGUAGUGUGUUCAAUGAUUUGCUUUUUAAUACCAAUUAGCGCUAAGCUUAUUGGAUGGCCAUUAGUAUGUGCCUUGCGAUUAGCUCAAGGACUCUGUCAAGGAUCAGUUUUUCCAGCAACGCAUAGUCUUUUAUCCAAAUGGGCACCAAUUAAAGAACGCGGAUUGCUGGGAAUAAUCUGUUAUUCUGGUGCCCAGUUUGGAAUUGCUUCAAUGUUGUGUGCGAGUGGAGAAAUAUCAGGAUCUUUUAUGGGAUGGCCUGGAAUAUUCUAUGUAUCCGGAGGCAUUGGUUGCAUUUGGGGAGUACUAUUUUAUUUCUUUGCAUCGAAUUCACCAUCAGAAAACCGUUUUAUCUUAGAAGAAGAAAAGAUGUACAUUGAAAUGUUACCCGUUCCCAGUGUUGAGUCACCAAAAGAUAUAACAGCUGAAGAACCUAAAAGUAGUUUGUCAACCCCGUGGUUACAUAUUUUGACAUCGGUGCCAUUCUAUUGUCUUGUGGCUGUGCAGUGUACUAAUGCUUGGCUUGCAUCAACCCUUCUUACUCAAAUCCCAACUUAUUUAAAAAGUAUCCUUGGAAUGGAUAUUAAAACAAAUGCCAUCCUUUCAUCAUUACCAUAUUGGGUCAUGUUCCUGCUUUGUUACUUCUUUGCGUUUAUUUCGGAAGUUCUCAGAAAUAAACAAUGCAUGAGUUUGUCGAUGAGUCGAAAAUUCUUCAACACCAUCGGACACUGGAUACCAAUGGUUGGACUUAUUUUUAUCGGUUAUAUGGGAAAGGACAAUGAAACUCUUGUGAUUGUGUUAUUGAUGAUUAUUGUUGGAAUGAAUGCAGCUUGUUAUUUGGGCUUCUUUGUUAAUCAUAUAGAUUUGUCGCCAAAUUUUGCAAGCAACUUGAUGGGCAUUGCUAAUGGUAUUGCAAAUUUGAUGAGUGUUCUUGGACCAUUGAGUGUUGGAUUUAUCGUUACUGAUGAGAAAAAUCCUGAACAAUGGAGGAUUAUAUUUUUCAUAACAGCGGGUUUAUUGUUUAUAGGAAAUUUGCUGUUUAUCAGUUUUGGUAAAUUCGAAACACAGUACUGGAAUGAACCUCAGUCAGUGAUUAUUACAAAAGCCAACAAUAAAACUAAAAAUAUUGUUUAUGAAUAUAAGGAUAGUGUUCACUAA